CUAACACUAUCCAAUUCUGCGACUCACUGAGCCAACUUUUACCUCCGCAGCUUGCGAUAUCGCAGCAACCGCAAGCAUGGUGGAAAAAAAGGAUCCUCCCAGGUUCAAACCCAAAGCUCCCGCGCGCGGGGCACGAGCAAGACCGCAAGCUUCCGCCGCCGCAAAUGCUACGAAUAACAGCGCGCCGAACGCUGCAGAGAAAACAAGCGAAGCAGUGACCUCCAAUGUUGAAGAAUCGAACGAAGCGCAAAACAAUCCCCCAUCUGCAGUGGCGAACCCUGCUCCAGAGCCGAAAGAGGCUCGACGCAGAAAUGCCCCAAGAAAUACAGGAAAGGACGAGUUCGCGGCACUACUUGAGCCGUUCUAUUACGGAAAAUCCUUGACCGACCCUAUCAACACAGCUGAAGAUAAAUGGAAUUUGUUGCCGGCGUUCCUCAAGACUAAAGGUCUCGUGAAGCAGCACAUCGAUUCCUUCAAUCACUUUGUCGAUGUCGGCCUAAAGAACAUACUGGAGGCUAACAAGAUCAUACGCAGUGAUGUUGAUCCAAGAUUCAAGCUUAUGUACACCGAUAUCCGAGUAGGACUUCCCAACCGUCAGGACGAAGACGACCUCGAGAACCACAAGAGUUCAAUUACACCCAACGAGUGCCGACUUCGCGACAUGACCUACGCCGCACCAAUCCUGGUGGACAUUAUAUACACAAGAGGAGGUGUUCGGGUCAAAAGAGCAGGCAUCAGGAUUGGUAGAAUGCCUAUAAUGUUGAGGAGUAACAAGUGCAAACUUGCGCACAAGAAUGAUCGCGAGCUUGCCGUAAUGGAGGAAUGUCCACUUGAUCCCGGAGGCUACUUUGUUGUUCGAGGACAGGAAAAGGUUAUUCUCGUACAGGAGCAGCUCAACAAGAAUCGUGUCAUCGUAGAGAGCGCAAAAGGAAUUAUGCAGGCAAGCGUUACCAGUUCGACCCAUGAGAGGAGGACCAAAACGUACGUCAUACAGAAGAAGGGUCUUAUGUUCCUUCGCCAUAACACGCUAUCCGAGGAAAUCCCCAUCGUAUUCGUUCUCAAGGCUCUAGGAGUCCGAUCAGAUAAAGAGAUUCUUCUCAUGGUAGCCGGUGAAGAUAGCGCAUACCAAGACGACUUCGCCAUAAAUUUCGAGGCUUGCGCAAGAGAAGGAAUCUUUACUCAACUGAAGGCAUUGGAGUACAUUGGACACAGGGUGCGGCUUGUGAAAAAGCCUGCUGGAGCCUCACGCAUGCGCAACUACGUUGCAGAAGCUAUCGAAUGUCUAUCGAACGUUGUGCUGCCUCACGUGAAGGUCGAGAACCACAACUUCCAUCCCAAGGCACUCUACGUCGCGUUCAUGGCACGAAGAGUGCUACAGGCUAUUGAAGACCCCUCCCUUGUUGACGACAGAGACUAUGUUGGAAAUAAGCGUCUUGAGUUAGCAGGUCAGAUGUUGGCUCUCCUAUUUGAAGAUCACUUCAAGAGGUUUAAUUUCGACUUCAAGAUGAGUAUCGACAAAGUGCUCAAGAAGCAAAAUCGAGCGCAGGAGUUUGACGCCUUCUCACAUUUCAACGUCCACAAGAACCACAUCACGCUAGGAAUGGAGCGUGCUCUGGCCACUGGCAACUGGAGUCUGAAGCGUUUCAAGAUGGACCGAGCCGGUGUAACCCAUGUGCUGAGUCGACUCAGUUACAUUGCCGCACUGGGUAUGAUGACCAGAAUUUCAAGUCAGUUCGAGAAGACUAGGAAGGUUUCUGGUCCUCGUGCAUUGCAACCUUCACAGUUCGGCAUGUUGUGCACUUCCGAUACGCCCGAAGGUGAAGCUUGCGGUCUUGUAAAGAAUUUGGCUCUGAUGACCCACAUCACCACAGAAGACGACGAGCGUCCCAUCCGUAACAUUGUCUUUGCACUGGGUGCACAAGAUGUGUCUUGCUUUAGUGGCGAAGAAAUUCACACGAAGGGCGUCUAUACUGUCUUCCUCAAUGGUACCCCUAUGGCAAUUACACAUCUGCCUAAACACUUCCUAGGAAGAUUCAGGAAGCUUAGACGUGCUGGACGCCUCUCAGAGUUCACCAGCAUUCACAUCAAUCACGAUCACCGGGCAGUUCAUAUUGCCACGGAUGAAGGUCGAAUUUGUAGACCUCUGAUCAUUGUCGAAAACAAACGUCCAAAGGUCACCGCUCGCUAUCUCAAAGCACUUCGCAACGGUACUAUGGGCUUCGACGGCUUUUUGAGCCGCGGACUUGUGGAGUAUGUUGACACCAACGAGGAGAACGAUACCAUGAUUGCGACGUACGAGAGAGACAUUGACGAACACACAACCCAUCUCGAAAUCGAGCCCUUCACUAUUCUAGGUGCUGUUGCUGGUCUUAUUCCUUAUCCGCAUCACAAUCAGUCUCCACGUAACACCUACCAAUGUGCUAUGGGUAAACAAGCUAUCGGUGCUAUUGCAUACAACCAGUUCACGAGGAUCGACACCUUACUCUACCUAAUGGUCUACCCGCAGCAGCCUAUGGUAAAGACGCGAACAAUCGAACUGACGAAAUACGAUAAACUUCCUGCUGGCCAAAAUGCCACUGUUGCUGUCAUGUCAUAUUCUGGUUACGAUAUUGAGGAUGCCCUGGUGCUCAACAAAGCAUCCUGCGAUCGUGGUUUUGGACGUUGUCAGGUGUUCAAGAAGACUGUCCUUCCCUUGAAGACGUAUGCGAACGGGGCGACGGAUCGUGUAGACGCGACAGCCAUUAAGAGGGACAAUCCCAAGCAUAACGGAUUGGGCGUUGAUGGACUUGCACAAGUUGGAGCACGACUCAACCAAGGAGACACCUUUGUAAUGAAGUCGACGCCGACUGUUACUGUCCCAAGCGCUGGACCUAUCAGCUACCAGACAAAGGCCCUCAACUACAAGCUCCCAGACUGUGCAUACGUGGACAAGGUCUGCAUCACCGAAAACGAAACCAGUGGAGGAACCGUCAUCAAGUUCCUGAUGCGCCAAACCCGUAGGCCGGAACUUGGCGACAAGUUCUCCUCCCGCCACGGACAGAAGGGCGUCGUAGGCCUCAUCUCCCCCCAAGAAGACAUGCCCUUCAACGACCAAGGCAUCUGCCCCGACAUCAUCAUGAACCCCCACGGUUUCCCCUCUCGUAUGACAGUCGGCAAGAUGAUGGAGCUCCUCUCCGGCAAAGCCGGCGUGAUGCGUGGCACCCUCGAAUACGGCACCUGUUUCGGCGGCAGCAAAGUCAUCGACAUGUCGCAAGUGCUCCUCGAGCACGGCUUCAGCUACUCGGGCAAAGACUACCUCACCUCCGGCAUCACGGGCGAGGCUCUCCAAUUCUACGUCUUCUUCGGCCCCAUCUACUACCAGAAACUCAAGCACAUGGUCCAGGACAAAAUGCACUCUCGCGCCCGCGGUCCCCGUGCCAUCCUCACCCGCCAGCCCACUGAAGGUCGUGCCCGCGACGGCGGUCUGCGUCUCGGAGAGAUGGAACGUGAUUGCCUGAUCGCGUACGGUGCGAGCCAGUUGCUGCUCGAGCGCCUCAUGAUCUCGUCCGACGCCCACCAGGUCGAUGUGUGCAACAAGUGCGGUCAGAUGGGUAGCAUGGGCUGGUGCCAGACGUGCCAGUCCGAGGAGGCAAUUCGCCACCUCACGAUGCCGUAUGCGGCUAAGCUACUCAUCCAGGAACUCGGAAGUAUGAACGUCAAGGUUGCUAUUGGGCUUGAGGAUGAGUUCCCGUACGAUCACGGCAGGAUGAAGGUUUAGGAUCCCUUCAAAUCCGUCGGAUCGCAGCCGCGCGAGGUAAGUAAGUUACAAGAGGACGUCAUGAUCGCCAUGAUGAACUCGUUGGAAGCAAAGGACAAGGACGCUGACACUGCAACUGAAGAGACUCAAUCGGUAGACGGAAAAGAAUACGAGACAAUGAUCUUGAAUGUUGAGGAGGACGUUUGAUACGAUAACAUGCAUAGCGUGGCGACGAGGGUUCCUUAUAUGGGAGGCUCUUUUUUGGCAUUUCAGGAGUAGAAUGGGUCUGGCCUGGCUCUCUGGCAUGAGAGCGUUCUUCAUGUUUAUGGAAGUCAAUGGGCUGAAAUUCACAAUUUGUUCCUGUAGCUUGCUUCAUGAUUAGAUCAUCAAGCAGGUCGUAAAAC